AUGCCUCGCCAUGAUAAGAUUGAAACGUACUCGUAUACGCGAUGGGCCUACCCUUCUGCCCUGGACCACCAGGACGUAUUCAGAGGCUCCUUUCGAGAGGCCUUGGGGUUUGUUCAAGGCCAUGAUGGGGAUGAGGACCCGGGAUGGAUGACCUGCUCCAUCUGGCGUGAUAGACACGUCCACUCUUGCGACGUCUGUGUCAAGAAGGGCAUCUAUGUCAUUACAUCAGACUCCUUGAUAGAUGCCGCGAGCAAGGAUGUCGUGCACUUUGAUGAGCCCACCAUGACUAUCGAGUCCGUCGCCGUGACCGCCACAGCCGCUAUUGCUACGGAGGCCACCAGCACCAAGUCCGGACAGACCAAGUCGUCUCGCACCAAGUCGAGUCGAACCCAAAAGUCCCACACCAAGUCGUCUCGUUCCAAGGAGAUCCGGUCCAAGGACCAUAACGCUAAGGCCUCUAGAAGCAAGACGUCACGGCCCAAGCCAUCCAUUCAAACCGCCAAACCAGAAAUCGCGACAUCAUCCCUCCCCGCCAUCCCCGAAGAGCCGGUACCGCUCAUGCCACUGUGGGAAAUGAUGGCAGCCAACUACGCCGCUGCAGGCGGCGACUUAUCCACGCUUCGCUAUAUUGGCUUUCGCGGCUUAAAGGACGACAGGUUUCGAUGCUCCAUUUGGCAUGAGUACGAGGCACAGCUGGGCCGCGGUACGGCUAUCGGUGCCAAUAAGAUUCAGACGAUGCCGGGUGCGGAUGGCUGGGAUCGGCUUUUUGGAGUCAAUCCGUAUCUUCAGGCUGUGGAGGGCCUCAUCGCCAAGGUUAAUGAUGGACUGUCAGUGGGAAGAAAACGAACAAUCACCAUCAUCACCAUGCUGCCAGCACGCGCGUGGACUCCAAACGGCUUCUACGACAUGAUUAUUGAGCUUGGUGCAGAGGGUGAGUAUGAGGACUUUGUGCUCUAUCGGGGCCGACGAGAGGACAAUGAUGUUGAGCACGAUGACGACCAGGUGGUCUACAAAGGACGACCGGCCAAGUGA